CUCAUUUGACAGGGAUCACACACAGAGCAGCGUGGAGGUGGAGAAGCUCGCCUUCCCCACGGUGACGAUGUAUCAGCCAGGAAUCCUGGGUAGAAGAAAACGUGUCUGCAAACCCUGGACAGUUGCCCUCACCACCACAGCUGCUCUGUUGGCUUUGGCAGUGCUCAUCGGUCUCCUUGUUUACUUUUUGGUGUAUGAAGAGAAGACUCAUUACUACCAGGCCUCCUUUUGGAUUCCCAGUAUUAAAUAUAGCUCAGAUUUGUCCGAAGAGCAGUCAAAAUUGCAGAUUAACCUGAAACAAAAAAUCAACAAUGAGAUAGAUGUGAUAUUUCAAAGAUCCAGUUUAAAGCAUCAUUAUGUCAAAUCUCAAGUUGUCAACUUUCGGCCCAGUAAUGAUGGUGUGAAAGCAGACAUACUGAUUAAAUUUCAGAUUCCCCGUAAGAAUGCGGAUACUUUAAGAAGUCAAGCUGAUAGCAUUUUGAAUAAGAAGUUGCAGUCCUCCCAGAGCUUCUUGAAGAGAGACAUUUCCUUACCUUAUCUUAGAGAAAUGAAUGCAGCACAAGCAGAACAUAUUCUAAAUAGCAACUGUGGCUUGGGAAUGGAGUACCCACGCAUAGCAAGGAUCGCUGACGGCAAACCUGCAGGCUCAAAUUCUUGGCCAUGGCAAAGCAGCCUGCAAGUGGAAGGCAUUCACCUCUGUGGUGCUUCUCUCAUUGGCUCCCAGUGGCUUGUGACCUCUGCUCACUGCUUUGACAAUUACAAAAACCCCAAACUGUGGACAGUAAGUUUUGGAAGAACCCUUGGCAAUCCACUGACCACACGGAAGGUGGAGUCCAUCAUCAUUCACGAGAACUACGCAGCCCACAAACACGAUGACGAUAUCGCUGUGGUCAAGCUCUCCAGCCCGGUGCUCUUUUCUGAAAAUUUGCGCACAGUCUGUCUCCCUGAGGCUACUUUUCAAGUCUUGCCGAAGAGUAAAGUGUUUGUCACUGGAUGGGGAGCACUGAAAGCGAAUGGUCCCUUUCCCAAUUCUCUGCAAGAGGUUGAAAUAGAGAUCAUAAGUAAUGAUGUAUGUAACCAAGUUAAUGUAUAUGGUGGUGCUAUAUCAUCAGGAAUGAUAUGUGCUGGAUUCCUGACAGGAAAACUGGAUGCCUGUGAGGGUGAUUCUGGAGGGCCUCUGGUUAUCUCAGAUAAUAGAAAUAAGUGGUAUCUUCUUGGAAUUGUUAGUUGGGGAAUAGACUGUGGAAAAGAAAACAAGCCCGGAAUUUACACCAGAGUGACUCACUAUCGGAACUGGAUUAAAUCUAAAACUAACAUCUAAUGCAACAGCCACCCCUUUAUUCAACCUGGAGUGUCACCCACUGCAUCUGGCAAACCGUAUUCCAUACCCACUGCCAUGUGCGUCCUCAUCGAGCUCAAGAUGCACAUGAGUAUGGGACAGUGACCUCCCUCUUAAAUCAGAAGGAGAUAGACUUUCUUUCACAUCAGUGGAAGGGUUCCGUUGACUAUGAACACAUAAGAUGCUGUCUGCUUCACAAAGAUCUACCAUUCUGCCAAGUGUCUGAUUACCUCCCUGCUCACCUCUGUUCUCCAACCUCAUUCGUUUUCAACUUAUACUAAUCUGGAAGUUGAAUAAGUACUAACUGUCCAGCCUCCCUCUGCUUUUCUCAAGAGAUGACUUCCUUCUCUGAUUCCUCUAUAGUUUUUGUCUUCUUCAUCUAAAAGAUGAAGGGUGUUCACUGGAAGGUUCACCACUGACUGGACAGGCCAUGUUAGUCUUAGUCAGUGGUGACACAGUGACGAAGGAAACACUGGAUAUGAGGCUAGGACUGAGGAGAUGGCAAUGAGCAGGUCCGUUCCUUUUCAUCUUCAGAUAUGCAUUCAGCUUUUCUCUGAAAUUCAUAUUUAUAUUUGUGCAUAUUUUAUUUUCUUUACACAAUUUAGCUGAUGUGUAUUUUUAAGCGGUUCACCCACCCAUAUUUUUUUAAUAACAUGAGAUGAAUGAUAGACAUUCCUUAGUAUAAAUACCUUUCCGUACUUGCAAAUUCAAAGUGCUUUUUCUUGUCCCUUUUAUUAGCAAAAUGUAAAUGAGCAAGAAUCUAAAAAAGUUACUUUCAGCUCCAUCUCCAAAAUGAGGGAUGUUUCAACACUUGUGUAAAUUUAUUUUUCAAUUGUAUGUUAUUUUAUUUUAAUUCACUUUAUUAAAACAGCAUUAUUUUCAACUAGAUUUUGAAUAAUUAAGUACCUGUAUAAUGGAGAGUCAACAUAAAUGAAUUCUAAGAAAAUAUAAACAUCUGACAUGUGACGCUAAACUACCAGUACAUAUUCAUAAAAUACUUGAAAGAAGAUAUCAGUGAAGAUGGAUUAAAUAGUGCAUUCUGCAAUGGGACAUUUAUAUAAAUCAUUCAAAUAAUCUGGAAAGCAUCUUUAGAAUUCUUAGUUUGAAUGAUAAAAUUGUCAUUUUCAUAUGUAUUUAGUUGCAUAUUUUAUAAUAUCUCAUGUGAAUAUAUACCAGUAUCAAAACCGAACUCAGAUUCACUCUGUGCAUUGGAAUCUUUAUCCUCCUUUUAUCAUUGUUAAAUUAUGUGCUGUCUUAAGUUUUUAUUUUGGUUUUGUAAUAAGUAAAAUCUUACACUGUACAUUUAUGAUAAUAAACCAAAUUCCUUCUCUCUGAGUAGUCACUGGAAGUGACAUGUUA